AUGCUUCGCAACAUCUUGGCGGUCGCUCGUGUGCGAUCCACGUACGCUAAAGCUGCUUACACAACCACUUUGAUGCCUACAGCAAAGACUGUUGCCGUCAAUGCUGAACAAUCGCCCAACCGUGCCACCACUUGGGCUCGUUCUCAACGUCCCAAGGACCAAGCCAUGUCGGGUCCUCGUUUUGAACAGACUGAUCUUCUCACACAGCCCAACCCCAUGGCUGCUAUCGAACUCAUUGCCGAAGAACCUGUUCGCAUGGUGUCCAAACGCAUUGCGUCUUGUGACGGUGGAGGAGGUGCUCUCGGUCACCCUAAAGUUUACAUCAAUUUGGAUAAACCCGGUGCUCAUGCAUGCGGCUACUGCGGCAUCCGAUUCCAAAAGACCGAUGACCAUCACCACUAG